AUGGUACUCCGUGACGCAGUUCCGAGACUCGUCCAAACCAAGGGACAGAAACACCCCGUGUACGUAACCGCACAGCGGGCGCGGGGGGUGUUUUGCUACAUUGUAUACGCGGGGUGUUUCUGUACACGGUCUUUAAAUGUAUACAUACCCCGAAAACUUUGUUCCACGCUCUUUGGGAAUGUCUACGCAGUUUCUCUCGAAGUUUCGGACUUUCCCAUCACAAUCCUGCAUCUCUUACAAAACAUUCCGCUCAGUAACUCUUGUACAACGCAGCCCCACCGCAGCCAUGAGUACCUCGUCUCCUCCCACUCCGCCAUCAAGGGCCUUAAUAGAUGGCGAACGGCGAUUCAAAGCUAUUACAUUACCCUUGGAUAUGUCGCCCUGAAAAUCCUUGUAUCGGAAAUCUCAGGGUCGACAACCGAGCUACAAAUCUUACGCCACAUCAAUGAAGUUGCACCAGUAGAAGGGACCCGAUAUAUCACACGACUGCUAGACGAGUUCGAACACCGCGGGCCCAAUGGUGUUCACAAGUGCCUGGUCCUUGAGCCCAUGGGUCCGAGUGUGAAUACUAUGGUUGAGGAGCUGCCGCAGUUCAACCCUCGUAGGCGAGAAAUGAAGGUCCGCUAUCCGCUUCAGAUGGCAAAGAGCAUCCUCAAGCAAUCCUUACAGGCUCUUGUAUUUCUCCACAAAAUUGGUAUCGCCCAUGGAGACUUCCAGCCGGGUAACAUACUCUUCACUCUUAAUGAUGUCGACUCGACGCCCGAGGACUUACUCCGGCAGGAGGAAGAUUUGCAAGCCGGGUCGAUCUCGCCCCCGGUGCAGAGGCUAGACGGUAAACAAGAUAAAUGGGCUCCUCGAUAUCUUUGCGUUGCGCAGCCACUAGUGCGCUCUGCUUGCUACGCCGAAGGGUUUAAGGUCAAAUUAUCUGAUAUGGGCGGUGCAUAUUUCUUUACCGACCCGCCAACAAAGCCUGUUACUCCACUCGGUCUUCGAGCUCCCGAAUUGAUUCUUACCGGAGCCGUCAAUAAUACCGUUGAUGUCUGGAGUUUCGGUUGCCUUGUCUUUGAGCUUAUCACCGGACAGCCACUCUUCUGUAUACCAUACUCCGGGAUGGAAGAUGACGAUCAUCUUCUCUCCCUCACCACCCAGCUUGGCGCCCUUCCCGAUGAGUUAUACAAGCAUUGGACGACUUCGUCGCUCUACUUUACGCCUGAGAGGAAGCUCUUUAAUUGCCAUCUUGGAGGAGUUGCUCCGGGGGAGGAACCACUUAUGGUGGAGCAGACAUCCAUGGAAGAGUCAUUCGAUCGGGCAAGCCCGGAUCUUGAUGAGGAGGAAGCCCACAAAGUGAAGGCGCUCAUUCGAUGGAUUUUGCAAUAUGAUCCCGCGAAGAGACCUUCGCCUGCGGAAAUCUUAGCUGAUCCAUGGUUCUGCGAGAUUGAUGUUGAAAGCAACUAG